AUGUGUGACGAAAAACAGGGGCAACGUAUCAAUCUCAAAUUUCUCGUUAAAUUGAAAAAAACCCCGACCGAGUGCUAUAAAUUGUUGCAAGAGGCCUAUGGAGGCAAUUCUCUAUCUCGUGCACGUGUUUUUGAGCGGUAUAAGCGCUUCGGUGAGGGCCGAGAGAGCACUGAAGAUGACCAGCGCCCAGGUCGCCCUGUCACUCAAUGUCACUCACUGUCGCCCUGUCAGUUUCAACUCCGGAAACAGUGACCAAAAUCAACCGAAUUAUGCGUUCAGAUCGUCGAAUGAGCAUCCGGAUGAUUGCCGAGGCUGUAAACGCCGAUAAAGAAACGGUUAGAAAAAUUUUACACGAGGAAUUACAUACGACAAAAGUCUGUGCGAAGUCGGUGCCAAAAAACCUGACUCCUGACCAAAAGUUCUUGCGUCAACAGGUCUGCUCAGAUUUCCUUGAAAAGUUAAAAGAAGAUCCCGGACUGAUGAAAAACAUUAAACUUGCGACGAAACGUGGAUUUUUCAAUACGAUGUUGAAACAUAGCGACAAUCGAUGCAUUGGAAGACACCCGAAUCGCCCAGAAUCAAAAAAGCGAGGAUGUCCAAAUCAAAAUUUAAGGCAAUGUCGAUCGUUUUUUUUUAACAUUAACGGUAUCGUGAUGGGUUCCAGAGGGUCAGACUGUUAA